CUGCCUGGCGCGUCUCCCGGAGCUGUUUCGACCGUGGUCGCCCCCGUGCUGCUGAAGUAUCGGGUCUGCAGGCCCCGAUUGCUGCUCGCCGGUUCCAGGGCCGAGGUCGAUCCCGCCGCCGACGUGGGACUUUUGCACGGCGAGAUUUUGCUCAUCGAGGACUCCGCGAGACAGUACGAUUCGAUCGGAGACACGGAUCGUAAGUACAGAGCCACGGAGAAGCUCCUGCACGCCGAAGAGGAGUACCACGAAGCCUUGUGCAGCGCCAAAGAAUUGUACGCUCGACCUCUGGCGCGGAACUAUCCUGAAUUCCACGAUGGUAUUUUCCAACCCCUCGCGGAUCUGUCGGUGGUUACUUCUGAACACUGUCAGAGGGUGAGUAUUUUCAAUCAUGAUUGUCUUUGGUUAUACACGAUGCGAAGGAAGGAGUUCAGACAGGUUUAGUAAUAUAAGAUCUAUUUACUCCUAAACAUGUACCAUUCAGACUUAGCUACAUGUACUUCCUCUGACCUGGAUAAGGGCUCAUCAGGCUCUUGAAAAGACACGUAUACUCUUCAUAUCGAAUCCGACACUUCAAGCUGAACAAAAAAUUCCUUUAAUUUCAAGACACAAAUUUCCAUUGAAUAACACGGAUAUACGUGCUAUAUAGUACGGAGAUGUGCCAUAUUUGCAUAAUUUUCCCGUGAACGGUAGAUAGAUAUCUUCUUAAUCGACUGCCCGUGAGCGAUUGGUCUGACAUAACGAGCGCCUCGGUUGAGAGAUGGCGGCACUGAAACCGUUGUUUGGGAUCGGGCGUGCGGCACCUGUUGCAAGUGCAAAGCACGUUGCCUUUCUCCUCCUCGUGUCGCAAUUACGCUAAUUCGAGCCUGCGUGACCUUUUCGAAAGGGAAUCGCGGAUGAUCGAAGACCUCGAGACAAUGUUAUACCCGGUAGUCCU